GCAGUCCAAGUACAGAAACCAUGGCUCAGGCCCAAGUCAAGAGCUGUUUAGGUGAAGAGUAUUUCAGCCAUUUUAGAAACAAGAUAAACGAAACUAUAUCCACAGGUUUUCUCCCCAGAGGACCGGGAGAGUUAGCAUGGUCAGCACUUCGAGCUGCAGCAGAGGAUGUGACACACAGCUCAUGGAGCCAGUUUGAGAUGGGCUUCCAUACACAGGACUUGAGGCACAAAAACGCAGCAGCAGCAGCUCUGAUCUGACGCCUCUACCUUCUUAUUUUCCGGUGAAUACAACCAGCUGCAACUUUUGUCACCGCACAGCUGCCGGUGGUUCCUCCUCACACACAUCACAAACUGGAUUCAUUAAAAGUCAAUGACGAGCUUUCUCCCCGCUGCCCACAUGGCAUGCGUAACGGGGACGACUGGAUGGAUGUGCCCCCCUCCUCACCAGGAAGCCAAGGUUUUUACCAGCGCGUAGUGGAGGUGGAGGUGGUGGUCGUGGCGGCGGCGGCGGUGCGAGCGCAGGGGCAGAAACUUGCGUGAAUUUUGUUUUUGUUUUUUUGUUUUUUUUGUUCCCGUCGCGGCUGAGGAGGCGGAGGAGGGAAGCGCUGUCGGAGCCGGCAGAAUGUGGUCGCUGUCCGUGUUUCUGAACCCGCUGCUGUUUCUGCUGCUGUUCGGGUACUGCCCUUCAGUGACCAUCAGGCCAAAGGAGGGAUGGCAGGUGUACAGCUCGGCUCAGGAUGCAGAUGGGCGUUGUAUCUGCACAGUGGUGGCACCUGAACAGAAUCUGUGCUCCCGAGAUGCCAAAGGCAGACAGCUCCGCCAACUCCUGGAGAAGGUGCAGAACAUGUCGCAGUCAAUCGAGGUGCUGAACCUGCGGACGCAGAGGGACUUUCAGUACAUCAUGAGAAUGGAGAGCCAGAUCAAAGGGCUGCGAUCAAAAUUCCGACAAAUCGAAUCGGACAGGAAGACGCUCGUCAACAAAAACUUUCAGGAACUCAAGGGAAAGAUGGAGUCCCUGCAGCCGCUGAUCCCUGUCCUGGAGCAGUACAAGACAGACGCCAAGCUUAUCUCCCAGUUCAAAGAAGAGAUCAGAAACCUGUCUGGCGUGCUGAUGGGCAUCCAGGAGGAGAUGGGAGCCUACGACUACGAGGAGCUGCAACAGAGGGUCCUAAACCUGGAAAAUCGGCUCCGCAACUGUAUGAGCAAACUCACAUGUGGCAAGCUAAUGAAGAUAACUGGGCCUCUGACAGUGAAAACAUCAGGGACCAGAUUUGGAGCCUGGAUGACCGACCCACAGGCAUCUCCCAAAAACAACCGGGUCUGGUACAUGGACAGCUACACUAACAACAAGAUAGUAAAAGAGUAUAAAUCCAUUGCUGAUUUCGUGGCUGGAGUUGAGUCGAGAACAUACAACCUUCCUUUCAAAUGGGCUGGAACCAACCACGUGGUGUACAAUGGUUCUCUGUACUACAACAAGAUGCAGAGCAACAUCAUUGUGAGGUACAGCUUCGAGACGGGUCGCGUGGUCACACAGAGGGCUCUGGAGUCUGCAGGCUUCCAUAACGUGUACCCCUACACCUGGGGAGGCUUUUCGGACAUUGACCUGAUGGCGGACGAGCUGGGCCUGUGGGCCGUGUAUGCAACCAACCAGAACGCUGGGAACAUCGUCAUCAGUCAGCUGAACCCCGACACGCUCCAAAUCCUGAACACGUGGAACACAGAAUACUCAAAGAGGAAUGCCGGUGAGUCUUUUAUGAUCUGUGGGACACUCUACAUCACCAACUCCCACCUUACUGGCGCCAAAGUGUACUACGCUUACUCCACUAAAACCUCCACUUACGAGUAUACAGACAUUCCUUUUCAUAACCAGUACUUUCACAUGUCUAUGCUGGACUACAACGCCAGGGACCGCACCCUGUAUGGCUGGAACAACGGCCACCAGGUCCUGUUCAAUGUUACACUUUUCCACAUCAUUAAAACUGAGGAUGACUCUUAAGCAGAAGAACAUACUGUAUACGUUAAGGAAACUAUGAAAACAUGGAUGGUUUCACCUGAAUGUGCUGAUGACUUUUGUUUAUUUGCUAAUUUAUUUAAUUUAAAUUUAUUUAAUGACAUGAGCUAUUAGCUACUCACCUGUUUUCACUUGAAAAUUGAGACGUUCUCCAUGUGAGAAUGUGACUCUUUUACUAUAAAAAUAAAUGACAACACAAAUUAAAACCAGUUUGUUGCAUCAUGGAACCUACUGCAAGUCGCACAUUUUGAACUAAAUAAUGGCACUUUUACUUAGCAACUUUUAGGAACACUGAACUAUGAAUUAGCAGUAAUUUCUGCAGUUCCCUUUUCUCUCCAAAAUGAAAGCUCUUCCGAAAUGAAGUCUUCAUAUUUAUAAUGGUUUUCUCACUCGGUAUUGCAUUUAUUCAUGCCCCCUAAUUUAUUCAUAUUUUGACUGUGUUCACUAAUUGUUCAUUUUGUUUCCAUUCUUUCCUUUCCAUUUAUUCAUCAUCAUCUGCUAAUUUAUUCCUGCCUUUCACUACCUCCACUUAGCUUUCAAUUUGUCUUUGUACUUUUCCUUUCAAAAGUUUUUUGCACUUGACCUUGUACAAGACAGUGAGAAACGUGGUGAACCAUAAUGAACCUGUAUAGUUGUUGUACUUGGCUUUUUUGUGUCUAUGAAGAUUCUCAGUCAUCCAGGUCAUAGGAUAUCUGCAAGUACUAAGUCAAAGUAUUUCAGCAAACAGUAAAUCUGGUUGCCUUUUAACUUAGUACUUUGAGAUAUUAGCUUUUUUGUAACUUCAGCAACAGUUUGUAUGCCUUAUUCAGUGCAGUACAUUUUGUAAGCCCAAGGACAACAGCUCUCGUGCAUGAAUGUUGGCUAUCCUUAUAGCAUUUUUACUGUAACUGUGUCUGUGUAUUUUGUAUUUGCACAACAUCCCAUUCUCCUCCCCACUAGCUAUAGUAAUAGUACAGAGUCAUUUAUACAGACAGCAGUAGAUAACUUUAAUAAUCAUUUGUUUGUGUAAAUAAGAAG